CCCGUGUCUCACGCCCAAGACCCCCAAGUGCUCCGUCACAAGCAAGGCUCGUCCUUCACACAUCUGGCUAAAAACAAAGCAUCGUCGCGGACAACUUUUUUGCUUCAAUUAGUCCGCUGCUACGUACGAUGCGCCUGCACGACCUCGUCGGGGCCGCGUCCUGGCUCGCCAUUUCCGUCAUCGCAAGCCCAACGGUGGUGGACAAACGGCACCAGGUCACCUACCGCGGCCUUGAGCGCAACGGCGUCGAGGCUUUCCUCAACAUCCCUUAUGGCCAGGACACGGGCGGCUCCAACCGCUUCAAACCUCCUAGGCCAUACGUCGCGAAGCGGGGCAGCACCAUCGACGCUCUCGCCUAUGGCCCGGCAUGUCCCCAGGCGCUCGGAGCGUGGGUGUUGCCCAUCGCGCUCAGCAAUGUGACGGACAUUUCCGAAGACUGCCUCAACCUCAACGUUGCUCGACCCAAGGGCACAUGCUCCAGGGACCGGCUGCCCGUCAUGGUCUACAUUCACGGCGGGAGCUUCUGGGCGGGGCAGAACUCGGAGCUCAACAUCAGGCCGGAUGGCAUGGUGCUGGAGUCGGUCGCGAAUGGGCUGCCCAUCAUUCACGUAGCCAUCAACUACCGCCUUGGCUUCUUUGGCUUCGCGCAAUCGGAUGCGCUGCAGAAGGAGGGCUCCGAAAAUGCAGGUCUGAGAGAUCAGCGGCUUGCGCUGGAGUGGGUACGCGCCAACAUUGGGCAGUUUGGAGGCGAUCCCGAUCGCAUCACCAUCUUCGGCCAGUCUUCCGGAGGGUUAUCCGUGGGCAUGCAAAUCAUGGCAUACGGCGGCAGCAAGCCCGUCCCGUUCCACCAGGGCAUCUGCGAGAGCCAGGCCCUCGAGCCCGGCAUCACCGGUCGCUUCACCAUCGACGCCAUGACGGCCCUGGUGAACCACGUCGGCUGCAACGCCAGCAGUCUGCAUUCCCAAGACACGGUCCAGUGUCUGCGAAAGUUCGACAUGCAGACGCUUCUCAACGCGUCACUGACAACGUACCAGAGCGACAUUGCGCACAACAUUGGCGAUAUCUGGCUGCCGGUUGUGGAUGGCGACUUCCUCCCAGCUGCGCCGUCCACGCUCAUCAAAGAGCGCAGGUUUGCCAAUGUGACGACCAUGAUCGGCUGGUGCGACAACGACGUGACCUUCUUUACCGACACCACGAUCAAGACGGCCGACGACUCGCUCAAGUUCAUCUCCGCAUACCUACCCGACGUAACAAGCGCAAACAUCAACAAGCUCCUCGGGCUGUACCCGGUGGCCGAUUUCCCCGCAAACAAGGCCGCGGGGCUGUCGAGCGAGUUCUACCGCUCGGCCAGGAUAUUCAGGGACGUCCUCAUGACGUGCCAGCCGACGUGGUACGCGGAGCACAUCGCAGCCGCCGGCAACGACGUAUACCUCUACAACUGGAACCAAACCAUCCUAGACCCCGUGCUGGAGGCCAUCACGAACCAGACCGGCUACGGCCCCAUCCACACGUCCGAGUUUGCCUACAUCUUUGGCAACCUGUCCCACUACGACAUCAACGGCUGGCCCUUCCAUCCGAGCCAGUCCGACUACGAGCUGCAGCACCGCGGCUCGAGGUCAUGGUCUACGUUUGCGUCGAUUGGCAGGCCCGGCCAGCGCGGACGCGACACCUUCCAGGGAUUCACCCCCGCGUUCCCCAAGGGCCUGGAGCCCAGCGUCUUCGUUGUAGGGGGCCCGAACGAGGGGCUCUCCGCCUUGGACGGACCGAGGGCCCAGCCCGCCAUGCGGAGCCAGAAGCUCAAGGAGAGGUGCGCCUUCAUCAACUCGCCCGAGAUGAUUGAGCAAUUACGAUACUAGCCAGCCGGCCAUUAUCCCAAUGAAUUCCGCUGUACAAAAGUACAUAGCUUGCACAAUGAUGUUCAC